AUGUGGUAUGCGUUUCCGGCCGUUGGAGAGUUGACACCGCCCACUGACUUUCUCAAGGGCGGCCCCAGCGCCGCAGUUAUAGCCAACAAGGCUCCCCAUCUCAACGUUACCGUCGUCGACAUCGAUGCUCGCAGAAUAGAAGCGUGGAAUUCCGACAACCUUCCUGUCUACGAACCCAACCUCUUUCAGCUCGUCCAGCCCGCCCGCGAUGGUUCUCCGACGCGCAAAUCAAACCUUUUCUUCUCCACAAAGAUCGAUGAGAAGAUCAGAGAAGCAGACAUUGUAUUCAUUGGCGUGAAUACUCCAACCAAGAGAACAGGUCUCGGUGCUGGGAAGGCUUCCGACCUUGGAUGGCUUGAGGCAGCCACCCGCCGGGUCGCCAAGGCAGCUGAGAGGGACACUAUCGUUGUUGAGAAGAGCACGGUGCCAUGUGGAACUGCCGACAUCAUGCGGGACAUACUCGCUGCCAAUGCGCAACCGGGAGCAAGCUUCGAGGUUUUGUCGAAUCCCGAGUUCCUGGCCGAGGGUACCGCAAUCAAGAACUUGUUACACCCCGAUCGGAUCCUCAUUGGCAGUUUGGAUACUGAAGCCGGAUAUGCCGCGGCCGAAUCGCUCGUUGACGUCUAUGCCAACUGGAUCCCACGGGAAAAGCUCAUCACGAUGAAUCUGUGGUCAUCCGAAUUAUCCAAGCUUGCUGCCAAUGCAAUGCUUGCUCAGCGCAUCUCCAGCAUCAACUCUCUAUCGUCGAUAUGCGAGGCGGUGAAUGCCAAUAUCCAGGAUGUCGCAUACGCCGUCGGCCUCGACAGCCGCAUUGGCCCUAAGAUGAUGAAUGCAUCGGUUGGGUUCGGUGGUAGUUGCUUCAAGAAGGACAUUCUCAAUCUCGUCUACAUCUCCGAGAGCCUGAAUCUGCCCGAGGUGGCCGCAUACUGGCAGGGCGUAAUUGCAGUGAACGAGUACCAGAAAGAUCGCUUCGUGCGACGCAUUGUCAACUCAAUGCACAGCACGCUCUUCAACAAGAAGAUCGCCGUGCUUGGCUUUGCCUACAAGAAGGACACCGGUGACACCCGCGAGAGCCCAGCCAUCGAUGUCUGCAAUGCCUUGCUGGCUGAAAACGCCAAUGUCCACAUCUUCGAUCCACAGGUGCGGCCUGAACAGAUCAUGUCUGAUCUGCGUCUCACUAUGGACGACGAUCGUGUCUCAAUUUGUGACAAUGCAUACGACGCAUGCCAGGACGCUCACGGUGUUGUCAUUUUAACGGAGUGGGACAUGUUCAGCAACAAGGUGAACAAGACUGCCCCAUCAACACCCAUCCCCACUCGCAACGGCUCUUACAAUGGGCCGGCUCUGGAGCAGAACGGACACAUGUCCACCAGCAGCUCCACAACCGACCUUGCUACUCUGAAAACGAUGAAGACGGCGAAGAUUGACUGGGCUCGUGUGGCCGACAUUAUGGACAAACCCAUGUACGUGUUUGAUGGACGAAAUACUGUUGAUGUUGCUGCAUUAGAACGGCUGGGUUUCAGUGUCGAGGCGAUUGGCGUUGCGACGUCCUCGCGACUUGUGAGAUAG